AAUAUGUUACUAAUAUGUAUACGCUAUGCUUACAUUCCACAUCAGAUAAUUCUAAAGUUAUGUUACGGCUUAAUUCUUUAGCUCAAUUGCCCCUUUUCAGUGAUCAAUGCAGAAACAACACUUUUCACUUUCCACAAAGGGGAGGCAGUCUGGCUGGAGAAUGCCUGGCUCCUUUCUUUUUCCACAAAGUGUGAGCAUCCACUGAACUGUGCUCUGGGCUCUUGUACACACAAGCACAUGUCGAGAAUUGAUGAAGUGCAGCAGUGCCUGCAAAGAGAUGAGCUGCUGGUGUCUGCCCCGGGAGCUGCUGCUCCAACAGGAGCUCUAGGAUCUGCCCCACGAGGAAGGCAGCAGAGAGCUGCAGGGAUGGCAUCCUGUGUAGGAAGGACAGAUGCCAGGAGUCUGUGCCACCACAGCAGGGACACUCAGACACUUGCGUCCCUUGGCGUGUGGAACUCCCCCCGUUACCCCCUCUUGGAGACAGCCAGACCUGAAAGAUACCGCACAUCUCCUGGCCUGCUCCAGAUUUGACAUACAUUUCAAGGAGGCACUAGACGAGAGGAGACAACGGAAAGCGCUGGCAAGUCAAAGCUUUGUUAAAAGCUUUUAUGUGAGAUCUAAUGUCAACUUUUCCAAUGCAGGUUAGCUAUGGUGAUGAUAAAUCAUGCCCAAAAGCUUCAUUGCACUAGAACACAAAAUCCAAGAGAUUAGAAGCUGCAGAGAUAUAAGUUCAUCAUAAGUUCUGCUUUGGGAGGUGCUGAUGCCUCAUGAUCUCAGUCACCAUGGUCAGCAGGCUACCAGUGGCCAUGAUGUCACAGUAGGGUGUGGGGCAGUGGAACCCCGUGUCACAGAGGAGAGGUUCUGUGAAGCAACCUUGCAGGGUGCAAAAGGGGAGGUGUGGUGGACGAGCCCUUCACUCUGGAGUAGCGACUGGAGAGCGAGCGCAAGGAUGAGCUUGCACGUGAGGUUUGCCAAAGAGAAGCCACGCGCCUGCAUUAGGCGGACCAAGUUGCAUUUCUGGGAUGGGAUGCAGCACGUCUCCCUCAUGCCACACAUCACUGCCAAAGAGCGCAUAGCGAUCUGGGACGCGGUGGCUGUAUACAUCCAAACCCAGCUCCUGCUGCACAAGGGGGUCCGAAUUCCAACUCUUGGCUCCUUCGAUGUUGUCUCUAUCAAGGCCGGUGAUGAGGCUUUGGUUAUGCCAAGGCCUGUGUUUCGCCUGGCCAGGAAUCUUGUACAUGCUCACAGCCUUACGGAUGAUACGGAAUACCUGCCUGGCGAUAAGGAGUGUGAGCUCGUCCAGUACACCAUGGUGGCUGAAACUGCCUCUGUGUCCUGGGAGGAAGCAGAGAGCUGCAUCCGAGGCACCACAUCCCUCAUGUCUCACUGCCUGCAGAAGGGGGAGAACAUCGCCCUUGUGCUAAAGGACGUGGGAGUGCUGGUCAUUGAAGGCACAAGGGUGCAAAUGAAAUUUUAUUAUGAUUUCCUAGAGAGGUUUUCUGGGAAGGAGAACCUGGAGGAGGCCAUUUUCAAGGUGAGGGCUUGGAGUUCUAGUGGCUAGAAUCUUGGGCUGGGCCAGAGCUACAGUCCCGCCAGUUCUUGUCUUGGAUUCAUCCAGUACUGAGGGCCUCAGCCAAGCAAAGGACAUAAGCCCAUCUUCACUCACCUCCAUUGCAGAUCCCCUGGCUGAUGGACAUGAUUGUA